GAACCUCCGUCCUAAAGUUCCCAAAGAAGAUAUGGAAAGUGCAGCAUCGGCUUCGGUGAAUCACCAAAUCGUCGAUGUCCGGUCUGUGGUGGAGGCAGUGGCCGCCGCAGGAGAUGAUACAUAUACCAAUACGCCCCUGCACGUGGUUGAGAGUCUAUGUAUGCGCUGCGGAGAGAAUGGCGUAACUAGGUUCUUGUUAACUUUAAUACCUCACUUUAGGAAGAUACUAUUGUCAGCAUUUGAGUGCCCCCAUUGUUGUGAAAGAAACAAUGAAGUGCAAUUUGCUGGUGAAAUUCAGCCACGUGGGUGUUGCUAUAGUUUGCAUUUUCAUGCUGGCGAUCAAAAGUUGCAGGUGCUUGAUCGAACAGUGGUAAAAUCUGAAAGUGCUACUAUCAAGAUUCCUGAACUGGAUUUUGAGAUCCCUACAGAGGCACAACGCGGUUCUCUGUCCACGGUGGAAGGGAUUUUGGUUAGAGCUGCUGAUGGGCUGGAGGCCCUUCAGGAUGAAAGAAAGAAAGUUGACCCCAAGAUGGCUGAAGCUAUAGAUGAGUUUUUGGUAAAAUUAAGAGCUUGUGCUACUGGAGAUUCAUCCUUCACCUUUAUUCUUGAUGAUCCCUCUGGCAACAGCUUCAUUGAAAAUCCGUUUGCUCCAUCUCCUGACCCGUUGCUGACCAUUAAGUUCUAUGAGAGAACUCCUGAACAACAGAAAACCUUAGGAUAUCUCGCUGAUCCCUCACAUGUAGACCACACCGGUGAGACAUUGAUAGUGGGGGCAAAUAAUCAAAUGGGAAAUGCGCCACAUGGAGCAGUUGGUGCAAAAGCUGGACAACGUGCCAUUGCUCAGAGUAAUAGUGCUGAAAUCUCAGAAGCUUUAUUUAGAUAUUCUUCGCCAGAGGAGGUGAUGGUAUUUCCAACGACUUGUGGAGCUUGUGCUGCAAGUUGUGAAUGCCGAAUGUUUGUUACUAACAUUCCUUAUUUUCGAGAAGUUAUUGUAAUGGCAUCUUCUUGUGAUGCUUGUGGGUAUCGCAAUUCCGAGUUGAAACCUGGUGGUAGCAUUUCUGACAAAGGGAAGAAGAUCACAGUUCAGGUGGAGAAUGUGAAAGAUUUAAGUAGAGAUGUGAUAAAGUCAGAUAGUGCUGGGGUGAGCAUACCGGAGCUUGAUUUGGAGCUUACCAGUGGCACUCUGGGUGGUGUUGUGACAACUGUUGAAGGUUUACUCACAAAAAUUAGUGAAAAUCUUGAAAGGGUGCAGGGGUUCACAUUUGGAGAUAGUCUAGAUGGUGACAGGAAAUCGAAGUGGCUGGAUUUCACAGAAAGACUUCGCAAGCUUUUGAACUUGGAAACACCCUGGACUUUGAUUAUCGACGAUGCAUUGGCAAAUUCUUUUGUGGCUCCGGUUACUGAUGAUAUGCGAGACGACAAGCAGUUAACAUUUGAGGAAUAUGAGAGAUCAUGGGAACAGAAUGAGGAGUUAGGCCUUAACGACAUGGACACUUCUAUGGCCGAUGCCUCCUAUUCUUGUGAGGACACUGCAGCUGCCAAAGAAAACUGAUGGGUGGCGAGGGGCCCCACACUCUGCAUCACACCCCUUCUGUUGUAAUUUCUCUUUGUAACUUAGAAGCCUAAAUUUCACAAUUUGUUGAGGACAAAAGGCGGUUUUUGUGGAUUGUUAAUGACAAAAGUUACCGUUCUAACUUUAAUUUUUUAUGUACUUGUAGUCGUAGAAUAGCAGUAACUUUCCAUUGUUAAUUUUGAUAAUUUUUCUUCGGAAAACUUUAUUAGAUUAGUAAAAUUAAAUAAUAUUUUAAAAAUUA